AUGGCGUUCCUGACUUUCCCUCGGCUGUCUUGUGGUCGCGGAGAGCACUUGCGUGCCUCACUGAGCACUCAGUCCGCCUGGUGUCCUGUCGGAAGCACCCGGCGAGCGAUGCUGCACGCUGGUGCGUCGCCCUUCCUGUCGUCGUGGCGACUGGCGAGCGCGCGACGAGUAGCUACCGGCAACAGCGUGCACAGUGGUCUACGAGAGCUGCAAGCUAUUCGAAUUGUGGACAAAGAAGGCAAAAUUCCGGAAGAAAUAGCGAACGAGAACUUUACGUUGGGGAACCUUGCUCCAGCACCUGGCAGUGUGCACCGGAAGAAACGCAAGGGCCGGGGUAUUGCAGCAGGGCAAGGGGGCUCGUGCGGAUACGGUAUGCGCGGGCAAAAGUCGCGCUCCGGUGGAUCUAUUCGGCCAGGCUUCGAGGGUGGCCAGAUGCCGCUCUAUCGCCGUAUCCCCAAGUACCGUGGGCGUCCUCCGGGUCCAAGCCACCGGCGCAUUGAGUAUCAGCCAGUGAACGUGAAAGCGCUGAAUACCUGUGCGGAAGGCUCAGUGGUAACCCCGCACGUCCUGAUUGAAACCGGCGCCAUUCAUCGAACGAAUUUGAAGUUGUUCAAGAUCCUCGGCGAUGGAGAGAUCACGGUGCGCAACCUGACAGUGAAAGCGCACGCCUUCUCAUCUUCUGCGGUGCGAAAGAUCGAAGAAGCCGGCGGUCGUUGUGUUCUGCUUAGUCCGACAACAGGGAAGGACAUAGAGCUUCCAUCUGAGGAUAAUCAGGACGAGUGA